AUGGCAGAAUCUUCUGAUUUAUCAAAAAUCCAUUCUUCUUCAACAGGAAAUUCUAACAAUGCCGUUGAUGAUGAUGUGUUGAAACCAGCCAAGGAUGAAAUAAUACGCGCUUUUGACUUGGAAGAAGAUGAAAAAAAACAUAAAAUUAUAAACGAUUUGUUAACAAAUGGCCGACGAUCAUUGUCCAAUUAUGAAGAGGAUCUUCUACCUGACAUAUAUGCAGCAGCAAUAAAUGAAAACGAUGGCGCGUUGAUGAAAUCUCUGAGAGAUUAUUUUGAAAAACAAUGGAAAAUAGAAUACGGUUCUUCAAAUCAAUGGUUUAUUUCAUUUUUAAAAAUGUACGAAGAUGACGCCGAUAACGGUUCAUAUAAAUGUGUUUUAAAUCGAACAGCUGAUUAUGGGCAUAAAUACUUGAAAAAUUGCCCAAUCUUAUCAAUUGUUUUGCAACUUCCUUUUGAAGGUAUCGAUAAUGAAUGUUUGAAUGAAACACAUGUAUUCGAUGAUCUAUGGUUCACAAUAACAAAUGAUGGUUUAGAAUCCAUAAAAAAAUUUUCUAAUUAUAUCACUGAAGAUGUAAUGUUUAAACUAAUAAAUAAGGAACAGCUGGCGUUAUUUCAAGCUUUACGUGAGUAUUAUCGUCCGGAAUUAUUUAUUAUUAUUUUAUUAUUAUCAACUAUUGAAACAAAGCAAUAUCGCAAAUAA